AAGAUGGCAGAAAGCGCCAUGGCGGACAAGUGUCGCGUGAAACUCUACUCCCUGAACCGAGAUCAACAAUGGGAUGACCUAGGCACCGGGCACAUCUCUUCGGCUUACGUGGAGCACCUCCAGAGCGUGUGUCUGCUAGUUCAGUCAGAUUCCAGUGAGGCGCUAAUCCUGGAGUCGAAGAUCAAUUCAAAUACGCCGUACCAGAGGCAACAGGAAACGCUGAUUGUUUGGUCAGAAGCGGAGGGCCACGGUAUGGCUUUAAGUUUCCAGGAUGCCGAAGGUUGUCAGCAGAUCUGGGAAGACAUUUGCCGAGUUCAAGGUAAAGAUCCAUCUGUCACUAUCACACAAGACCUCUUAGAUGAAUCAGAUCAGUUUGAUGACAUACUGGAAACUGCUGAUGUGUUUGACUUGCCUAGCUGUGAACUCGGUAAACUUGAAGAUAUUGAUGACUUUGUUUCCUCGAUUCUCACUUUACCUUUACCUACCUAUAAGGAAAGACUGGCUCUGAUCUUAGAAAAUGGGAACUAUAUUAAAAAUUUGCUGCAGCUGUUCCACACUUGUGAAGACCAAGGGGACACUGAAGGUUUACACCAUUUGUAUGAAAUUAUUAAAGGCAUCUUAUUCCUUAACAAGACAUCUCUGUUUGAGAUCAUGUUUUCUGAUGAGUGUAUCAUGGAUGUGGUGGGAUGCCUCGAAUAUGACCCUGCAAUGGCUCAGCCGAAAAGGCAUAGGGAAUUCUUGACUCAACAUGCGAAGUUCAAGGAAGUUGUACCAAUAACGGACUGUGAACUUACGCAAAAGAUACAUCAGACCUAUAGGGUACAGUACAUUCACGACAUCCUUAUGCCGAUACCAUCCAUGUUUGAAGAGAAUUUUCUUUCCACUCUUACAACUUUUAUUUUCCUCAACAAGGUCGAGAUAGUCCGCAUGCUGCACAAAGAUGACAACUUUUUGUCUGAAGUUUUUGUGCAGCUAAGGAACGAGACUAUAGAUGAUGAUAAACAGCGCGAGUUGCUAUUUUUCUUCAAGGAAUUCUGUAAAUUUUCGCAGACAUUACAGCCUCCGGACAACGAUGCCCUCUUCAAAACAUUGACGCAUUUGGGAAUUCUUCCUGUUCUGAAAACCGUGAUGAGCAGGAAGGAUAUGCAGAUACGAUCAGCUGCUACCGAUAUACUUACUUAUCUAGUGGAGUGUAAUCCAUCCAUGAUCCGAGAAUUUAUAAUGGAAGAAGCCCAGCAGAGUGUAGAUGGUAACCUUUUCAUUAACUUAAUAAGUGAGCAAAUGAUCUGUGACACUGAUCCUGAGCUGGGAGGUGCUAUUCAUUUAAUGGAACUUCUUCGUGCUCUAAUCCAUCCUGAAAAUAUGCUGUCAACACCUAGUAAAUGCGAAAGAAGUGAGUUUCUAUAUUUCUUCUACAAGCAUUGUAUACAGAACUUCAUAGCACCACUUUUUGCCAUCACUUCAGAAAAUAUAUGUGAAGGGGAUAAUGUUGUUGGAGCUGACAAAAACAGCCCCAAUAAUUAUCAAACAGCAGGGCUGCUUUCUUUAAUUUUGGAGCUGCUCACAUUUUGUGUGCAACAUCACACAUAUUACAUAAAAAACUAUAUUUUGAGCAAUGACUUGCUGAGAAGAGUCUUGAUCUUGAUGAGUUCAAAGCACACUUUCCUGACUCUGUCUGCUCUUCGCUUUAUGAGAGGGAUGAUUGGCCUUAAAGAUGAACUUUAUAAUUAUUACAUCAUCAAGGGAAAUCUUUUUGAGCCAGUUGUAAAUGCUUUUCUGAAAAACGGGACUCGGUACAAUAUGUUGAAUUCAGCUGUUAUUGAGCUGUUUGAAUAUAUAAGAGUGGAAAAUAUCAAAUCUCUUGUUAUACAUAUAGUUGAGAAGUUUUAUAAAACACUUGAAUCGAUUGAAUAUGUUCAGACAUUCAAAGGAUUGAAGAUCAGAUAUGACGAAGAAAAAGAUCAACAAAAUCAAAUUCGGAAGAAUUUACAUUCUAUACUGUAUAGUCAAAUACUCUGCAGAGGAAUCAGAGUCUUGGAGAAGAAGGAAAAAAUGUGUAUUAAAGAAGAUUCAAAGGAAGAAGAAGCAGUUAUGCCACCAUUGGAAGAUGAUUUUCCAGAUCCUUAUGAUAAGUUUAUGGAGACUAAAAACCCAGAAGAAAAUGAAGACAAGGUAGAUCUUCCUAAAAGAACAUCUUCUGGGAGCUACAAAAUCAGUUCAUCCCCUUCUGCUGGUGGUGCUAAUGAAACGAGUAGCCAGAGCAGUAGCAGCACGGUUGGCUUAAAGAAUGAUCCAGAUGAUGAAGAAAAAGAUGAAGGAGAUGAAACAUCGCCCAAGAAGAAACCACAUCUUAGCUCGUAAAACCUGUAACAUUACUAAACUCUACUUUACUAAAAUUACUAAAUUCUACUUUACUAAGUUCUACGUUACUAAAAUUUUAUGAACAUCAAUUAGUGAAAAAUCUGAAUCCAAAAGCUUUCUCAUUUGAAGUUAAUAAAUACACAGUAAGAAGGAAAGAUGCUCAGU